AUGCAGAAUUCCCAGCACGGGCGGCCGCAUUCCUGGCAGCCCGGCUACGGGCAGCCGCAGCUGCACGGCCACCCUCCUGCUCAGCGGCCCGUUUCUCCGUACUACGGUAACUACGCGCCGCAGCCCGCUCUCCGGUACCAGCCUUAUCAGCCGGCCUACGGCUACCCGGCUCCCGCCCAGGGGAGCUACGGCGGACACUUAACCCCGCCGCCGCGGCAGCAGCCGUACCAGCCGUACCAAGGACCGCCGCCGCCGCCGCCGCAGCACCCCGUGCUCCCCCUGAGGCGCGAGAACGGCGGCACGACGCUCUCGCUCUCGCUGCACGGGCAGCCGCUGUACCUGUGCGUGGCGACGGAGCGGUCCGCGCUGUCGUCGAAGCCGGACUUCGUCGUCACGCACGCGCCGUCGGGCGCGGCUGUCGGGUCCCUGCGCUACCACCAGUGGGUCAGCGACACGCUCGACUACUGGGAGGUCGGCGGCGCCGCGGGCGGCGCGGGGCAGUGGGCGUGGCGGCUCGCGGGCGCCGACGCGCGGCACGGCCGGUGGCACGCCUACCGCGCCGCCGACCUCGCCGGCGGGCGGAAUCCCACCGCCUGCGCGCCCGCCGCCGCGCUGACCACCGACUGGGCCGCCGACCGCGCCGCCGUCGAGUCGGCGCGCCGCGGCCACGGCGGCGGCGCCUUCGGCCGCCUCGAGCUCUACGACCCGUCGCUGCUCCCGCCCGGCGCCGCCGCCCGCGCCCGCCUCGACGAGCUCUUCGUCUCCGCCGUCGCCACGCUCGACGGCGCCACCCGCGUCGUGAGCCGCGGCCCCGACGCGAAGAAGGACUGGGCCAAGGUCUCCAAGACCCUGGGGAAGAUCGCCGAGCUCGGCGGCCUGUUCCACCACGGCGAUGGGGGCGGUGGAGACGGUGGAGGCGGCGGUGAUGGCGGAGGCUCUGGCGGAGGGGAUGGAGGAGGGGGCGGAGGAGGGGGUGGUGCGGUGUAGGGGAAUGACGGCCGGUUGGGAUGGUGCAAGACAGGGGAACGGACUGGCGAUACGUUGUUGCUACAUACCCAAUUGGUAGAUUGCUAGAAUAUUUGCUGGACCCGACGCUACUAUUGCUUCUUUCACCUCCCGAUACUAUGCUCUGAUUUUCGCAGCGCCAACC